GGAGGAGGCAGCACCAUGGUCCGGUUGGGUGAGCUCCUGCGGCUCCUGACUCUGCUGAAGUUGCCCUGCUGCUUGCUGGAGCUGCUGCUCUCCGAGGUGGUCCAUGGGCAGGAGAUGUACGCCCCUCAUUCCAUCCGCCUGGAAGGGGACAUCACUCUGGGCGGCCUCUUCCCGGUCCACGCCAAGGGCCCCCCGGGCGUGCCCUGCGGGGACAUCAAGAAGGAAAACGGCAUCCACAGGCUGGAGGCGAUGCUCUACGCCUUGGACCAGAUCAACAGCGACCCGGACCUGCUGCCCAACGUCACGCUGGGGGCUCGGAUCUUGGACACCUGCUCCCGAGACACCUACGCCUUGGAGCAGUCCCUCACCUUUGUCCAGGCUCUGAUUCAGAAGGACACCUCCGACGUGAGGUGCACCAACGGGGAGCCACCAGUAUUCGUCAAGCCGGAGAAAGUAGUUGGAGUGAUCGGAGCUUCGGGAAGUUCAGUGUCCAUUAUGGUGGCAAACAUCCUCCGGCUCUUCCAGAUCCCACAGAUCAGUUAUGCCUCCACGGCCCCAGAACUGAGCGAUGACAGGCGCUAUGAUUUCUUCUCCCGGGUGGUGCCUCCAGAUUCCUUCCAAGCACAAGCAAUGGUGGACAUUGUGAAAGCUUUGGGCUGGAAUUAUGUGUCCACUUUGGCAUCUGAAGGGAAUUAUGGAGAGAAAGGAGUGGAGUCCUUCAUGCAAAUUUCCAGAGAAGCAGGUGGGCUCUGCAUUGCCCAGUCCCUGAAGAUCCCCCAGGAGCGCAAGGAGAGGAGCAUUGACUUUGAUAAGAUUAUCAGGCAGCUGCUGGAGACGCCCAACGCCAGGGCUGUUGUCAUCUUUGCCAACGAGGAGGACAUCAGGCAGAUCCUGGCAGCUGCCAAGAGAGCAGAUCAAGUUGGCCACUUCCUCUGGGUGGGCUCAGACACGUGGGGCUCCAAGGUGAGCCCUCUGCUGCAGCAGGAGGAUGUGGCAGAAGGAGCCAUCACCAUCCUGCCCAAGAGAGCCACCAUAGAGGGGUUCGACACCUACUUCACGUCCCGCACGCUGGAGAACAACCGCAGGAACGUUUGGUUUGCAGAGUACUGGGAGGAGAACUUCAACUGCAAGCUGACCAUCAGCGGCUCCAAGAAGGAGGACACCGACCGCAAGUGCACAGGGCAGGAGCGGAUCGGGAGGGACUCUCCCUACGAGCAGGAGGGGAAGGUGCAGUUCGUGAUCGAUGCGGUGUACGCCAUGGCCCACGCCCUGCACCACAUGAACAAGGACCUCUGCGCCGACUACCCGGGGGUCUGCCCCGAGAUGGAGCACGCCGGCGGCAAGAAGCUGCUCAAGUACAUCCGCAGCGUCAACUUCAACGGCAGUGCUGGCACCCCAGUGAUGUUCAACAGGAACGGGGACGCCCCGGGGCGCUACGACAUCUUCCAGUUCCACAGCACCAACACCAGCAGCCCAGGCUACCGCCUCGUCGGCCAGUGGACAGACGACCUCCAGCUCAACGUCGACGAGAUGCAGUGGGGCGGAGGCGUGCGCCAGGUGCCGCCCUCAGUCUGCAGUCUGCCCUGCAAGCCGGGGGAGAGGAAGAAGAUGGUGAAGGGGAUGCCCUGCUGCUGGCACUGCGAGCUGUGUGAUGGCUACCAGUACCAGGCGGACGAGGUGACCUGCCUGCUCUGCUCCUACAACCAGCGGCCCAACGAGAACCGCACCGGCUGCCGCGCCAUCCCCAUCAUCAAGCUGGAGUGGCACUCCCCCUGGGCCCUCAUCCCGGUCUUCCUGGCCAUGCUGGGCAUCGUGGCCACCAUCUUCGUGGUGGCCACCUUCAUCAGGUACAACGACACCCCCAUCGUGCGGGCCUCGGGCCGGGAGCUGAGCUACGUGCUGCUGACCGGCAUCUUCCUCUGCUACAUCAUCACCUUCCUGAUGAUCGCCCAGCCCGACGCCGCCGUCUGCUCCUGCCGCCGCCUCUUCCUGGGGCUGGGCAUGUGCAUCAGCUACGCUGCGCUGCUCACCAAGACCAACCGCAUCUACCGCAUCUUCGAGCAGGGCAAGAAGUCAGUGACAGCCCCCAGGCUGAUCAGCCCCAGCUCGCAGCUGGCCAUCGCCUCCAGCCUCAUCUCCGUCCAGCUCCUGGGCGUCUUGGUCUGGUUUGCCGUCGACCCCCCCAACAUCAUCGUCGAUUACGACGAGCAGAAAACUAUGAACCCUGAGCAGGCCCGAGGGGUCCUCAAGUGUGACAUUACAGAUCUGCAGAUCAUCUGCUCCCUGGGCUACAGCAUCCUGCUGAUGGUGACGUGUACUGUGUACGCCAUCAAGACCCGGGGCGUCCCCGAGAACUUUAACGAGGCCAAGCCCAUUGGAUUCACUAUGUACACUACCUGUAUAGUGUGGCUGGCCUUCAUCCCAAUAUUUUUUGGCACUGCCCAGUCAGCUGAAAAGCUCUACAUUCAAACCACCACCCUCACCAUAUCCAUGAACUUAAGUGCUUCAGUGGCCCUGGGGAUGCUGUACAUGCCGAAGGUCUACAUCAUCAUCUUCCACCCGGAGCUGAACGUGCAGAAGCGGAAGCGCAGCUUCAAGGCGGUGGUGACGGCGGCCACCAUGUCCUCGCGGCUCUCGCACAAGCCCAGCGACAGACCCAAUGGCGAGGCCAAGACCGAGCUCUGCGACCCCGCCGACCCCAGCAACUGCACCCCACCAGGCAGGAAGAGUGUUCAAAAGUCUGUCACUUGGUACACUCUGCCUCCCACUGUAUAG